AUUAUUUCAAGCCGUCUUGCACGUGUUGCUUUGCGAGUUUUGUAUAUUGUAAGUUUUGUUAAAUUUAAAAAGCAGCCAUGGUUAAGGUACAAAAACCACAACCGAAAACUCUUAAGAAAAGCACAAAAAGUGAUGGCGUUGUUAAGGAAAAACAAAAAGUCAACAAAACCAUUCAAAAAUCAUCAAAAGCAAAAGGCUUAGCACCGGCCGAAACUAAAGUUGACAGUAAAAAGAUUUCGGCUAUAAAGUCGGAUGUCAAGAAGAGUUCUGAGCGAAAGAACCCAAAAGUCGCAGCGCAGCCCAAGCUGGAAGAAGCAAAACCGCCACAGAAGUCCAAGUCGACCAAGAGGCCUCUAGUUCUUGCACCUCCAAAAUCGCCGAUUGCUUUGCCAACAAAAACAAGCAAAAAAGCAGCUCCUGUGGCGACGCCUGCAGUGCCCACGAAAACAAUUAAAAAAGUUGCUCUAGAUGCCACCCCAGUUGCUGCUCCUGCUCCCAAGAAAGCUAAAAUAGCAAAGAUCGAGAAGUCUGCUAGUGGGCCAGUAUUGAAAUCGGAGGUAAAGCAGAAGGUAAAAGCAGAAGUGGCUAAAAACAAGGAAAAGAAAAAGCAAAUUAAACAGGCUGUCGCCCCAGCCACAAAGAACGAAGCCAAGAAGCAGCCACAGGUAUCCAAAAAUGCUAAAGCAUCAAAGAAAGUCUUGAAAAAAACUACGACUAAACUGGCCAACAAAAUAGGCACAGCGUCUGCAAAUAAAAAAGUUAAGAAAGGAAAGAUUUCACAGCAACAAAAAGCAAUACAACAGAAGGAACCGAAAAUUGUUGAACUGAAAUAUGAAGUGAAAUCCUUUGAUGAGGAUAAAUUUAAUAACAUUGUGUGCGAGAAAAAUGUGGAGAAGGUGUGCUCAGCUCUGAUGAGCCAGGUGCGCGAAGAGGUGCAGAAACUGAAGUCGAAGCCCAUCUUCAGCGAUUACCGCUAUAUUCUACAGGUGGCCAGCUAUAAGAUUCCCAGCUGCCCGAAGCGCAUAGUCAAGCUGGCGCUGAAGCACUCGCUAGUGGGCAAGGAUGAUGAUGUCGCCGUCAUUGUGACCGACUUGCAGCGUGGAGCUCGCUUUGAUUAUGAGCCGACCGUGCAGCACUACGAGGAUUUGUUUCGUGAGGCUGGCAUAGAGCAGCGCCUGAAGAUUAUCCCAUUCAAUCAGCUACGCAACGACAUGGUCACAUUCGAAGCUAAGCGCAAGUUCCUAAAUAGCUAUGACUACUUGCUCUGCGAUGGACGCAUCUCGGGCCAGGCUACCGCCUUCCUCGGCAACUUCACCCAAAAGCCUCGUAAUGUGCUGCACCCCGUGCGCCUGAGCAAAAGCAAUCAGUUGCCCAAGGAGAUAUCGCGUGGUCUUUGCCGCACAGCUUACAGACAGCUGCGGAAGGGUGAUCUAAUAGCCAUUCCAGUCGGCAAUCAUGAGCACAGCGGCCAGCAGCUGGCAGAGAAUGUGUUGUGCGUCGUCAAACAGCUGCAGCAGCUGUAUCCUGGCGGGCUACCCAACAUACGCUCAAUGUAUUUGAAAAUCGACAUUGUUGGAACCUCAGCGCUGCCCCUCUACAUCAGCUUGUGCGCCCCACCCGUGGACUCGCCGUACGUUGUGGGUCCACGCGAGCAGCGGAUGCUCAAGUUGAAGAAGCAGGCAAACGAAGUGCUAUCUAAAUUUGCUCUCACCAAGGACGUCGAUUUCGUGAAACUGACGCAGGAUCAGGUUGAGCGUAAGGCUGAACUUCGUCUAAAGCGAAAUGCACUCAAAGCUGAGGAUGCAAAGGACGGUGAGAAUAAGGACAACCUACCAGAGGAUUCGAUUGUCCUGGCCAAAAAAGCACGCAAAACUGUGGAAUCUGAAAAGGUUAAAGAGGACAAAGAGCCCGAAGAGGAAGAAAAUAAAGAUGAUGAGAACGACGAAGACGAUGAUGAGGAUGAUGACGAUGAUGCUGACGAUGACGAUGAUGCUGAAGAUGACGAUGAUGCUGAAGAUGACGAUGAUGCUGAAGAUGACGAUGAUGCUGAAGAAGAUGAGGAUGAUGAUGAUGAAGAGGAUAAUGAUGAAGAUGAAGAUGAAUAG